AUGGCAACUCAAAAAGACAACCCAGAUAUUAUUCACCUUGAAACCCCCACGAACCAAGACAAAGCUGCCCAGUUUCUGAAGCAAGCCAACCAAGCGAACAUCAUUGUCACUCCUAGCGAGAAUGCUCGUGUCCUCCGCAAGAUCGACCUCCACCUCCUCCCCAUCAUCCUCUUCGUCUACUGUCUCCAGUCGCUCGACAAGACAACUCUCUCCUAUGCGUCAGUCUUUGGCCUCAUCGACGACACGCACCUGGAGGGCCAGGAGUUUUCAUGGCUAGGCUCUGUGGUGUAUGUGGCCCAGCUGGUGUUUCAGCCGCUGGUGGCCUACGCCCUGGUGAAGUUGCCCGUGGGCAAAUUCUGUGCCACCAUGGUGUUUUGCUGGGGAGCAGUGUUGUGUGGCAUGACGGCUGCGAAGAACUUUGGAGGUCUGAUGGCCGCGAGACUACUGUUGGGAGCAUUUGAGGCCUCAGUUGCCCCGACUUUUAUUGCAGUCGUACAGAUGUGGUAUCGCAGAAAAGAACAGACAACUCGAAAUGCCUCUUGGUAUGCGAUGCUGGGAGUUGUCAACAUGCUCGGAAGUCUCCUCACAUAUGGUCUCGGUCACAUCAAAUCAACCCUUCACCCCUAUCAAAUUAUCUUCCUCUUUUGUGGCUGCAUCACUGUUGCUUUUUCAAUAGUCAUGUACUUUUUCAUGCCGGAUUCCCCCAUGGAAGCAAAGUUCCUUAAAGAAGACGAGAAACUCAUCGCUAUUGAACGUCUCCGAAUGAACCAGAUGGGCAUCGGCUCCGGCGUCUGGAAAUGGGAGCAUGUUCGCGAAGCCAUGCUGGAUCCAAAGACGUGGCUCUGGACCUGUCUCAUGCUUACCAUCUCGAUUCCCAGUGGCGGCAUCUCUACCUUUGGUCCGCUCAUCAUCCAGUCCUUUGGCUUCAGCUCCUUCACCACGAUCCUCUUUAAUAUCCCCUUUGGCGCAGUCCAGAUGAUUGCCACACUUGGCGGCGCUUGGGUAUCCGACAAGAUACACAUGAAAUCUGCCGUUCUCUUGUUCCUCUGCCUUCCUCCCAUUGCGGGCUGUGUCAUCCUUCUCGUUACCGGCCGAGCUCCAUCCGACCGGGCCGUUCUCCUUGUUGGCUACUACAUCAUCUCCGUCUACCCUGGCAUUUCUCCUCUGAUCUACUCCUGGUCAGGCCAGAACACUGCCGGCGACACCAAGCGCAAAGUCACCACCGGUAUGCUCUUUGUUGGCGCGAGUGUCGGCAACAUUAUAGGUCCACAGCUCUUCAAGCCUAGCGAGAAGCCGCGCUACGACCGCGGUUUGCGAUCGAAUCUUGCUCUUUUCGUGGUGCUGGCAGUCCUGAUUGUUGCAGGUAUGCUUUGGAUCAAGGUCCUUAACACGCGGCAAGCGGCGAGACGACGAGCGCUCGGCAAGUCAGAGGUGAUCCGGGAUCUGAGCAUGAUGGACAGGAAGCGAGGUGAUAAUGAAUACGACGAGGAGAUUUUGAACAUGGGUGAUGAUAAUGUUGGGGACAAGGCAUUUGAGGACGUGACGGAUUUGCAGAAUGAGGAUUUCAUCUAUGUUUAUUGA